AUUUGUCAACAAUUCACUACUUGCUGAUUUUGGAAGAAAAAAAACAUCGAUGCAUAAGUAUGCAGGCCGAAACAUCGCAGUUACAUAUUGGAUCUGCAGGUGAAUUUGCUCGAUCUCUCGGCAGCAAGGAUCUUGGGACUCGUUGUGUUCAUGACUUUGGACUGUCAAACAGUUUGUGCAGGUGCUUUUAAGGUAACCCCAUCGAAGCCUACAGAGAAGGGCAGAUGCGGAGCAACUGACCAAUCAUGGGCUAGCUUUCAUUAGCAGGCUCCACCCACAUAUGUUACCAGUGCCCAGCAUUAACUGACCAAUCAAGGAUCAGAUUUCAUUAGCAAACAACUGACCAAUCGGAAGCAGUGGAUGCACAGCAUGGACUUUACGACAUUUCCUACAUCACCGAACCCAUGAAAGCGGAAGUGCACAGUGAUACUUCAACCAGCCCAAAAACCAGAAGGCGAGCCGGUCAUGAAUUAAACAUGACUCACGGACCCCAUGCAGCCCUCAAAACUUGGGCUUUGUCAAUCAAAUUGUUCAAAUCAACUCAUUGCAUUCCAGCCUACAUGUACACUUUUAUUUAAAUUGAAAAUAUCAAAAGUUAACCGCCCAGCAGAAGUUGAAUGCAGUUGUGUAAGGAAUUUGACUUCACCGAACCGGAACGGCUUUUCAUUUUUAUCAAUGUUCAGUACUUCUGUAUGCACAAAGCCUACAAUUGUACAUGUACAUUUACAUACAAAGCAUAUGUCUGUGACAUGGACUGCAGUGUGUGUUUGAUCAAGAACCUGUGUGAGAAAUACUGCUGGAGAAAAACCUGUUUCAAGCGCUAAACGUGAAUUUGCAGAAGCAGUCAUGUCUGCGGAUACACAUGUCGAAAUGGAGAUGGCCGACAGCGUUACUGGAACUUGGGAAUCAGACGACGUGAUUUUGCAGUCUGUGCAGGCCUUGACGGAACACAUGAAACUGCUUUCAGACGAAACCAAAUCGCUGGCCCGCGAGGGGUUCACCUUGCGAGGCGAACUGGAGCGCGUGGCCUCGCAGGUGGACAGCAAGGCGCAUAAUUUGGCCACGGGAAUGACCUCGUCUAACCAAGUGGGGCACUGCCGUCUGCAGGGUCAUAGGUCAUUAUGCAAAUCAGAUGGCGGGGGAGAAUGCGCGUGUGAUGUUCGCCACAGGGUGAAGCCUGUGGUGAUCGACCAGGCUUCCCAAGUUGAUUUGGAUGUGGAGAGAGUGUACUGGAAUGCUGGACCCCUCAAGAAAGUGGAGAACCGAACUUACGAGGCCCAGAAACUGUCUCAUUUGCCCACGCGACAGGCCGUCCACUUAGAGUUCAGUGAUAUCACCUACACUGUCAAGGAAGGCAGCAUGUGGUCCCGCAAAAGAGGGAACAAGACCAUUCUGAAGAGUCUGUCUGGUCGCUUUUCACCAGGGGAGCUGAUUGCGAUCAUGGGGCCCUCAGGGGCUGGCAAGAGCUCCUUCAUGAACGCCCUGGCAGGUUACAGAACACACUCCAUGAAGGGCACGCUCCUUGUCAAUGGUCAGGCACGGAAUCUCCGACAGUUUCGGAAGAUGUCGUGCUACAUCAUGCAGGACUGCAACCUCUUACCUCACCUCAGCGUCAUGGAGGCCAUGAUGGUCUCGGCCAACCUCAAGCUGCCCGAAAAGAUCGGCCGAGGUGCCAAGAAGAUUGUUAAUUGGGACAAAACCAGAGGAUUCAUUGUAAAGACAGAAAGGAGAAGUAAAAGAGAGCAGGUUGAAGAGAUUCUAAGCCUACUGGGUCUGAUGGAGUGUGCCCACACCAGGACCUCCAAGCUAUCAGGAGGACAGGUCAAGCGCCUCGCCAUUGCCUUGGAACUUGUCAAUAAUCCUCCGGUGCUCUUCUUUGAUGAACCAACAAGUGGCCUUGAUAGUUCCUCCAGUUUCCAAUGUCUGUCUCUCUUGAAGUCAUUGGCUCGAGGCGGCCGGACAGUCAUCUGCACGAUCCAUCAACCCAGCGCCAGGCUGUUUGAAAUGUUUGAUCAGCUCUAUGUGUUGGGUGAGGGACAGUGCAUCUACAGAGGGACAAUGCAAGGUCUGGUACCUUACCUAAAAAAUCAAGGCCUCAUUUGUCCACCGUACCACAAUCCUGCAGACUAUGUAAUUGAGAUAGCAUCCGGGGAGUACGGCAACCUCAUUGCCAACCUCUCUAAGCUCGUAGACGAAGGCAAAUGUGAGGAGUUCCUCAAGCUAGAGCCCUCCCCCCACAGCACCAGCACCAACAGCCUCAACAGCAACAACAGCCUGACGUACGCCCACUCCAACGGCGACGCCGCAUCGUUGGGUAUCUCCAUGGCAACAAAGAACGAAGGCAGCAUCACAAAUGGUCACAUGCCCUCCGGCGCACAAUCCAACAGGGUAACAACCAAAGCGGUCUUUAAGGAAGCCAAUGGUGUCACAAAACAUUCUGUUAUGUCAUGUGGUGACCUUGACCUUGACAGUGGACAUUUUGCCACCAGCUUCCUAACGCAGUUUAGUGUUCUCUUCAAGAGGGCGUUCCUGACGAUAGUCAGAGACCAGCUGCUGACACACAUACGCAUCAUCUCCCACAUUGCCUGCGGUCUCCUAAUCGGGCUGCUGUACCUGAACAUCGGGAAUGACGGCAGCAAGGCAUUCAACAACACGGGCUUUCUUUUCUUGUCCAUUCUGUUCUUGAUGUUUACUGCUCUGAUGCCUACGCUACUUUCAUUUCCUCUGGAGAUGGGUGUCUUUGUCCGAGAAAACCUCAACUACUGGUAUAGCAUCAAGGCUUACUAUUUAGCCAAGACCAUGGCAGAUAUGCCAUUUCAGUUUGUGUUACCAAUCUUCUACUGUACAAUAGUCUACUGGAUGACAGACCAACCUCCCGAGGCAGGGCGAUUUGUCCUCUUCAUUGCCAUGGCAACCAUGACAUCUCUAUGUGCGCAAUCAUUAGGGCUGCUUAUCGGGGCAGGGUCUACAUCCUUACAGGUUGCAGUCUUCGCUGGACCCAUCUCCAGCAUCCCCAUCCUGCUCUUCUCAGGGUACUUUGUCACCUUUGACACCAUCCCCUCCUACCUCCAGUGGAUCUCUUACAGCUCCUACGUCCGCUACAGCUUUGAGGGGAUGAUGCUGACCAUCUACGGUAUGGACCGUGGCGAGCUGGGCUGCCCAGUAAACACCACCUGCAUGUUCCACACCAGCCAGGAGGUCCUGGAAGCGUUAGACCUCGGCAAGGAUUCCAAAGUCUACUGGGAUUUCUUGAUCAUGUUUGGCUAUUUUCUUGUACUGAGAAUAUUCUGUUUUGUAGUGUUGAAAUUCAAGGUUAGACAACAUCUAGGUUGAUAAGGAAUUGUUAAGAUGACUAAUAAAGUACUUUUAACUACUGUCACAGUAUUUUGGGAGUAUAUUGUGUUACACAUGUACAUAUUUACAGAAACCUUCUGAACUUGGGGCCACUGCUGAUGGUUGUUUCUGUUAAAAAUAAAUGAGCUUACAUGCAUGUAGUAUCUGUUCAUGCCUUACACACAGGAACAAAAUGUGCUGAUGUCAGAUGCAAGGGGCAGGUCUAUGUGUACUGCACAUUAAUUUUUUCAAUUUCAACAUUGCGGAUGUUGAAAAACAUGCAUUAUAAAGGAUUUUUAUGGAUGUUUUAUGGAUGAUUUAUUGGAUGGUGAUUUACAUUGUCCUGAAAAUGUUCAAUUCUGUACUCUUGCUGAGUUGACAUGUGGACUACGUUAUUGUCUUGUCCCUACCCCACCAUCCACUCUGCCACGCCAUCAUAACCGGGUGUUUUAUCGACUGAGCCCGCCUAAUCCGCCGAUGAAGAGGGGAGAGGUCCGUCAACUGCAGGAGUCCACCGUACAGGUUCACUCAUGUAGUUUAGCUGACCAGCUGAUGUCAGGAUACCAGGUUGUGGCCGUACACAAGCAGUUCCGUGGAGCCAUAUAUGAGCUUGAAAGAACGGUUGGAACCAGAGGUUAGUGCCUCCAUAAACAUGGGUCGGCUGCCCAUUGCCAAAGGUACUAUCCAUGGUGACUGCUCUAUGUUCCGACACCCCUAUGUUCCGACAACCUAGAUUGUGUUACUCCCGGUUAGGGUUAGGGUUAGGGUUAGGAAUAGGAAUAUGUGCAGUCGGAACAUAGGGGUGUCGGAACAUAAAGGUGUAACCCUAUCCAUCUAGAACACUCCAACACCCCAGUACUCCUGUUAUAAUCCAUAAUUUGAUAUACUUCAUGAAAACCCCAAACGAUUGGGCCAUAUGAUUGUUAGUUGAUCACAUGACUGCGUUCAAACCAAAACUAUCUGUCUGACUUUAACAAUGUGUACUAUACCGAGUAUUCUGUGUGAUUUUUUAUAUCACAUUUCCCUAAUAGUAAUCAAAAUGUGCAGUAAUUAAAUGUAUUUAUGAUAUACAUGAUUUUCCUUUUUUGAACAUUUUUUUUUAUUCCACUCAAAUGCAUUUUGUUAAGUCUUUCAAUGUUCACUAACUUUUGCAAACCAGACCUGAUCAUGUGCUGAAUUGUGCAUCUGUUAAUGAAAGUUUAUAUUUACUUGUCAUUGUGUAUGUAUGCUUUAUAAUGCAUAUUUUACGAUUUGUGGAAUGCACUACCAAUGUAUAUGAGCAUUCAUGAUUUUUUUUUAUUGGCUUCAAUAUUUUACAAAUUAUAUUGCCUGCUGAAUAUGUAUUUUUAUUAAAAAAAAAAUGAAAAUAUAGAAUAGCUUUUAUUUUCAGAGUCUCUUUACAAAUUCUGAAAUAAUUUUAAAGAUUUUUUUAUGAAAUAAAUGCAUGUAAUUAAAAAAGUCUGUUAAUUAGACCUUAUAAUUAGAAAUACAUGUUAAAUAAAAAUGGCUGCUGUUGUAUCGUAUUGCACUUGCCUUUUUCAUCAUUAAAAAACUUACCACAAGA